UAGAUAAAUCAUCUAAUUAUGCUUUUAGUUCAAUUUCUUUUUUUUUUUUUUUGAACCAAAGAUGCCGCAAUAGAAUAAAUGUUAGGGGUACGAAUUUGCAAUUAGACAUGGGCCUAUAAGUAAAGUAAAAAGAGUGAUGAGGCUGGACUAAGGGCCUGAAGAACAGGUCUAAUGGCACAUGUUCUGGUCCAAUGUUGUUAGGGACAGUGUUCUGGUUCAAACCAUUUUUGUCCUGGAUCUUCUCUUCUUCUUUUUCUCCAUUCAAUUUCAAAUAGCCGUCCUUCAUUCUCAUCUCUCUCUUCAAUCAAAUAGUAUACAAUCAAAGAGUUUCAAAGCGGUUCUUCAUUUUUCUGAUGUCUAAAAUUGGGUCUCUUUCAUUUUUUAUAAACAACUUUUUAUUUUAGUGCACCAAACAUAUUUUUUAAAAUUUAAAAAUAAAAAUAGAAAACAACAAUAAAAAAAACUAUGUAAAACAACAAUCAAAGGUUUACAUCCUUGGAAGGAAAGGAAACCAUCAGAAACAUUGGAUCGAUGCAUCAGACAGACACUUUGAGGUGUCUCAGACGACUGUCGUGAGAAAUUUUAAUCCAGUCUCAUCAUAUGAUUUCUCUUUAACUUUCCCUUAUUUUUUCAAACUAAAAAAAAAAAAAAUUAGAAAUCCGCAAAAGAAGAAGAGCUAAUGAAAAACCAGUUGAGAAAUCAGAGAACGCGAAGGAAUAAAUUUUUUGCAGCCGUCGUGAUGCCUUCCGUAUCCAACAAUUAUAUAGAUUCCUGACUCUAGGGUUUUUGGUUCAAAUGGCUUCCGUUGGUUUUGGGCUUUUUUUUUGGGGCUGGAUCAUCAGAGUGUUAAGGCCAAGAAAUUUUGACCCAGUACGCCACAUUGAUAAAGGUUGCCAAGCACGGCCCAUCAUCUUGAAUUCUUGAUGAACUCACAUGUUACAGCUUACCAUUAACGGAUUCACUGGGCACUCCCUCUUUUUCCUUGUCGGUCACCCAGUAGACCGCCGGCGAGAAAUUCGGAAGCCGGUCGCCACAAAAUCGUCGGCUUAUAGCAGUUUCUAAUCAAAAUUCUCCAGAAUUGAUCUCUGUGAGAGUUAAAGAGCCAGGCAUGGCUUUCGAUGGAUUCCCUCCUUUCAUUUCAGCUCAGCUCCAUUACCUCAUCAAUCACUUCCCUGACAAAAUCAAGGUUGAGCAAGUGUUGUCUGGUGGCAAAUCCUACACCGGGGGGCUCGAUCGGUUUACAUUGCUGAUUCCAUAUUGCUUAGACCAUAUCAAAUGGGAUGUUAUAUACAAUGCGGAGUUUCCAUUGGCUCCGCCAGAUAUUAUAUUUGGACGGGAAGAUGAGGACUUUCACCCAUUACCCAUGGCUGGCGGUGAAGGAGAGGGGGACUUGAAGUCAAGGACUAAGAACAUUUUGUCUGAUUGGAAGAAUAAAGACCCGACAAGGCUAUUAGCCUUAAUUCUGGAAUUGAGGGAUCAAUAUAUGUCCUACCAGAGGGACCGUGUUGGAGAAGUGGAUGAUGAUAGGUUGAAAUUUGAGAUUAAUACUAUUUGUUCACGAGAGGGAAUUGAAAUGCAUAUUAGUUCAGGUUCUGAAAAGCCAGAAGAGGUCAAAUUUGCUGUGCCUCUAAUGGAUAUGAACAUAAACAAAAUGGUUCUUGGGUGCCCCUGGAGACAUCCACAAAAGAUAUACCUACAGAUAAUAUAUCCUGUUGGAAGAAAGUAUGCAUCUACUCCUUCGGCACCUCGAUUGAAAUUGAUGUCAACUUCUGAGCUGAGAGCUCUGUUUUCUAUUGAUGAUGUUAAGCUUCCUUCAUGGUUGGAUGGAAUGUGCAUGGCUGAAUAUCUUCCUCACCUAGAAGAAUCUCUUGAGAAACAGGUCCUGGAAGCUGUUUCAUUAAUUGACAUAAGAAGACGCUUUAUAGAAGCAUUAGCCCCAUUGUUUGGAAGACCUCUGGAGGCUGAUCCGGUCUUUUGCAGAAAGGCCACGUUUCUUGCUUCUUCUGGAUCCUUUGUAUUCCUGGCACACUUUCUUAUGUCAACUCAGUUUCCUAAGCAGCAGCCAACUCUGAUGCUCCAAAGUUCUCAGCAUAUAUCACCACAAGGAUUUCCAAAAAAGUCACCUUUUCUAACAGAAUAUCCAUGGAGUCCAAGAUGGGAUGUAUCACAAAUGGCCGAGCGGAUAUUCGAUUUCUUGGUGGAAGAGUCUCUGAACUUCAAACGAUUCUGUAACGAGUCUCAACCUCAACACUAGUACGAUACGAGGAUGCUAAAGUUCCAUACGGGUUAUGCUUUACUCAUCCAAGUUGUGUAAAAUUGCCUAAUGGAACAUUUGGUAGUUUUCUUUUGUAUAAUUCUGAAAAUGGUGCCGUUAUGGGUCGUGGUGUUUCUUUUUUGGCCAAAUGGGCUGUGGUGUUAAUGCUAAUUUCGCCCAUUUAUACCCAAA